AACGCAGCAUGAGCGUCUAAGUGGGUCACGUGAGAUGCUCCGCUAAGAAUGCAGUGACGUGGUAGAGUUCCGUCAGUGUAGCGGUGUCUGACAGCCAGCUUGCCCGGGCCAGCAGCUGCCUUACUCGGCUGAUAAAUCCGACGGGGGUCCGUCCAAGGCGGAGCGGAGGAGAGAUCCAGGAGAAGAAAAACAAAAGGGAGCAGACUGAUAAACCGAAGCGGGCAGGUGAAAGCAGACGAGUUACUGUUAUUGUUUUUCCUGCAGGACUCGGGAACAUGUUUUGGCAGUGAUUGGACUCAGAGGUGCGAGAGGAUAUAUGUAUAAAUAUAUAUAUAUAUAUAUUAUUUUGUUUUCCUCCAUCGCUCUCACUGCGCUUUUACUGUACAACAGCCUGCCGAGCAUCGUGAAAGACCAACCGCACUCCCGCUGCUCUGCUGCCGAUGUCCCUUCUUCCUUCCAGCAGAUCGGGCUCCGGAUAAACGUGUGUGGAUGCUGUGGUGUUUUCUCUUACAUUUAUAUUAAAUAACACCCCUGGAAACGGACAUAAACUUGAACAAGAUCAGGAAACAACAGUGAAACAGCGAGGGGAAGCAAAAAUAUUUAUUAAGUAGUGAGGUAGAGGGGAGCCGUGGUGUAUAACGGACACAAGGAGCAGGAGAGGGAGGAGAGGAGGAGUCGCAGCAGGAGGAGAACCAAAAACCUGCAGGUUUGUUGAGCCUGUGGGGAUGAGGACGAGGGACGUAACAUAUCCAAGGUGUCAGUGUGAUUAGGACAGGGAGCGGGAAAAGAGAGGCACUAAAAGCCCAGGUUGUACCUAAGCGAAGGAGGCGGUGAUGGCGGGUAAAGGAACCGGGGUCCACACACUCCGUCAGCCGACCGCAGCCCUGUCAGCAGCCGCAGCAGCAGCAGCAUGAUGAGGAGGAGAUUACAGAGAGCAAACACAGAGGAGGUGACCCUUAUCAUAUCCUGAAGGAGACAAGACAUAGAGCAUGACCCUGUGUUUGUCUACAGUGCCAAAGAAGAGCCAGGGAGAAGUCUCUAUGGCCAGGGAAUCAUCACCAUCCUAGCUCCACCAGGAGCCCUUUUAAACGUGCCCCAAGCUGCACUGGUGGACUCAAACGUUCCAAACUCCACCAGGAGCCUCACUCCAACCCAUCUGCCAGCUCAGAUAACCCUCUGAUUGUUGGCAACCACAUGUUUGAGGUGACUGUUUUUGACUGCCGGCGCCGCCCAUUCUUGAGCAGCAGCAGCCUCCUGCGACCCCGAUCUGCACCAUGCAGUGGAGACGGCGGCACUGCUGUCCCAUCAAGAUGACCUGGACCGUCAAGCGUUCGCUCUUUCGGACCCAUGUGGCAGGCCUCCUCUCACUGGCUUUGCUCUUCACCCUCUUCUUAUUUUUCAGUCACCAGGACUGGCUGCCGGGACGCAGUGGGCCCCGAGAAAACCCAUUGACCUACACCAUCAGGGGCUUCCGCAGCCCCAAGGGAGAAGCCAACCAGAGCAGCUCCCUGAGGAGCCUGUGGAGGGAGACCGGGUAUGUAGCGCCAAAGCCCCUGCUCAACCUCAGCUCUCAGCAGGCGGAGGGGGCCGCAGGAGAGGCAGGAGGUGGGGGAGGCGGAGGAGGUGCCAGGAUGGGUGUAAUGGGGCUUGAGGACUCCAUGAGCACUAACAACAGUUUACAGAAGGAGAUGGGUGUGGGAGGGAGGCUCAGUGCUCAACCCUACCGUUACAUCCUGAACGAGCCCUUCAAGUGCAGGGACACCACGCCUUUCCUCAUACUCCUCAUUGCUGCAGAACCAGGCCAGACUGAUGCCCGCAACGCCAUCCGCCAGACUUGGGGGAAUGAGAGCGUAGCAAUGGGCCUGGGGUUUGUCCGUCUUUUUCUGCUCGGCACUGGAAAGAGCUCCGACACCUUCCUUCAGAGCAGCAUAGAGGAAGAGAGCCGUGUUUAUCAUGACAUUAUCCAGCAGGACUAUCAGGAUACUUACUACAACCUGACCAUCAAAACCCUGAUGGGCAUGAACUGGGUGGCCACAUAUUGCCCACAUGCCUCCUACGUGAUGAAGACAGACAGUGACAUGUUUGUCAAUACUGAGUAUCUCAUCCAAAAGCUGCUGAAGCCCGAGCUGCCUCCCAAGCAGAGGUACUUCACCGGCUAUCUGAUGAGGGGCUAUGCACCAAAUCGAAACAAGGACAGCAAGUGGUACAUGCCGCCGGAAUUGUACCCCAGUGAGCGCUACCCAAUAUUCUGCUCGGGCACGGGGUACGUGUUCUCAGGGGACAUGGCCGAGCUGAUCUACCAGGCCUCUCUCAGCAUACGCAGGCUGCACUUGGAAGACGUUUACGUGGGGAUUUGCUUGGCGAAGCUGCGCAUCGACCCAGCACCCCCUCCCAACGAGUUCCUCUUUAACCAUUGGCGGGUGUCUUACUCCAGUUGUAAGUACAGCCACCUAAUCACGUCCCAUCAGUUCCACCCUAAUGAACUCAUCAAGUACUGGAACCACUUGCAGAGCAACAAGCACAAUGCCUGUAUCAACAUGGCCAAGGAAAAGAACGGCAGGUACAGACACCGAAAGUUUCACGGAGAAAGGCCUCCAUGAUGCAUCCUGUGACUACCACCCACUUAAAAAAAAGGGAGAUAGGCGCAGAGGGCAUGUUGAACUCAGCACUACACACUAUAUGGGGAAAAGCACAUUUUUUUUGGUAUUGUGUACAGUCGAUGAUCCAAACUAUUUUUUUAAUUUGAGAAAAAAUGUUAAGUAUUGUAAACCUGGUGAGCUAUUUCUAAAGGGAAGAGUGGAGAUCAUGCCUGUGUGAUGUGGAGCGUGCAUAAAAAGUACAGCUAAAUAUUAGUGUUUAUGAUGAUUCAGGUGCCAACAGAGAGGUUAUUCAUGCUACAGUUAAUGUGAGGGUUCUCCUCUAAAGGGUAGUACAGUAUGUCACACUCUACGAAGCUUAAAAGACAAAAAUUAAGACACAAUUGUGUUUACACAGACAAAGGGAAAUGUAUGUGUAUUAUGUUGAAAGUUACACUACCUAAAUAUGAAUGAAAGUAUCUUUAACGUUGACCAGUUAUGCUGCCCUGUUUCUCAGUGUUUACUUUACAUAUUUAUCAAAGAACACAACUCUAAAGAGAAGGUUUAUCUGUCAUAUACUGUAUUUUAUUUAAAAAAAUCACUCAGAUUCAUGUCAGAGAUGACUGAGAUUGUAUUUUUUAAAGCUUUACAUUGAGUAUGACUGCACUUGACCAAAUGUGCAAUGAAUCAAUUAAUUAAAUGUACUGAAUUCA